UGCUUGGAAUUCUAAGACUGUUCUGCAUCACAUCUGUGGGAAAUUCCCGAGGCUAUGUGCUUUCAUACGCAAACAAAUAAGUAACAUCUUCUUUGGGUAUGUAUAUGAGAAAGAGCAUUUUAAUGGUGUUGGAGAGUUAUUGGAAAUAAUAGGAAGCAUUAUCAACGGCUUUGCUCUACCGCUGAAGUCAGAACUCAAGCACUUCCUCCUAAAGGUUCUGCUGCCACUGCACAAAGUAAAAUGUUUGUCAUUGCACCAUGCACAGAUGGUAUACUGUGUGGUUCAGUUCCUUGAAAAGGAUGCCACACUAACUGAAACUAUUGUUGAAGGAGUACUCAAGUUCUGGCCUAAAACACGCACUCUACAAGAGGUGAUGUUCCUUGAGGAGAAUGAAGAAAUUUUAGAUGUAAUUGAACCAUCAGAGUUCGCCAAAAUUCAGGAAUCAUUGUUCAGACAAAUUACAAGAUGUGUCUCUAGUCCUCACUUUCAUGUGGCUCAGUGUGCACUGUACUUCUGGAAUGAUGAUCGAU